GCGGAGCGUCAUGGCUGCACGGGCGCCUUUGUUAUCCCGAAGAGUGCGGCCCGCGUCGGGGGCGGGGAGGCCGGGUUGGCGGCUCGGCGCCCUCGGGCGGCCCGCGUGGGGCGGGGCGGGGCGGGGUGGGGGCCGGCGAGCGGGCGACGGUGGCGGGGCCCCGGCCGCUUUGUUCACCGCCGUCGCCGCCUGCGCCAGCCGCGCGCGGAUCAGCCAUUUUAGCGAGCGGGUCUCGGAGGCGCGGCGACCGCGACUGUCGCCCGCCGCUGGGCCCCACGUUCCCCCCUCCCCCGCGCCGCCGCCGCCCCCGGCACCGCGCUCGGCUCGGGGGUGGCGGCAGCGGAUUUUACGGGCACUUUCUUUCAUCCCGAGGCUUUGGACAAAAUGGAAGGUGAAUUAUGGGUGUCCGGAGCAAAGGAGACGUGGCCCGACACUGGCUGUCUGCUGCCGGCCUGGACGACCGGUCAGGAUGGCUAAAGGUGACCCCAAGAAACCAAAGGGCAAGAUGUCUGCUUAUGCCUUCUUCGUGCAGACAUGCAGGGAAGAACACAAGAAGAAAAACCCAGAGGUUCCAGUCAAUUUUGCGGAGUUUUCCAAGAAGUGCUCUGAGAGGUGGAAGACAAUGUCUAGCAAAGAGAAAUCAAAGUUUGAUGAAAUGGCAAAGGCUGAUAAAGUACGCUAUGAUCGGGAAAUGAAGGAUUAUGGACCAGCUAAAGGAGGCAAGAAGAAGAAGGACCCGAAUGCCCCCAAAAGACCACCGUAAGUGGCUAUAGGAUAUGU